AUGUCCGUGGUUGGCUUCGACAUUGGUAAUUUGAACUGCUACAUCGGCAUAGCUCGCCAGGGUGGCAUUGAGGUCAUCACGAAUGACUACUCGUUACAUGCAACACCGUCCUGUGUAUCAUUUGGCCCAAAGAGCCGUUCCAUGGGAGUGGCAGCUCGGCAGUCUGUGAACACCAACUUUAAGAAUACUAUCAUAAACUUCAAACACAUGAUUGGCAGGAAGUUCAGCGACGCUGUCACUCAAAAGUUUAUUCCGUUUGUACCAUGCGAAACGGUGCAAUUACCGAAUGACGAAAUUGGUUUCAAGGUGAACUAUCAAGGUCGGCAAUCCGUAUUCACCCCUGAGCAGAUACUUGCUGCUCUUCUUACCAAGCUGCGUGAAAUCAUAGAGAGCCAGUUGAAAGAUGUGAAGAAAGUCACCGAUUGUGUCGUUACGGUGCCGUCUUUCUUCACUGAUGUGCAACGACAUGCGACGCAAGCCGCAAUUCAGUACGCAGGUUUGAAUGCACUUAGAGUGAUGAAUGAGAGUACCGCAAUUGCACUUGCUUAUGGCAUCUACAAACAAGAUCUACCGGAAGAUUCAGCUAAACCGCGUUAUGUUGUUUUCCUGGACGUUGGUCACACUUCCACCCAAGCUAGCCUUGUUGCUUUCAACAAAGGAAAACUGCAGAUGUUGGGAGCCACUUAUGACCUCAGCACUGGUGGGCUGUGGUUGGAUGACCUACUUAGGGAGCAUUUCCGCAUGAUGUUUAAGGAGAACUAUGGAAUUGACGCGAAGGAAUCACCGAGAGCAUGGCUGCGCCUUCUUGACGAGUGUGAAAAAUUAAAAAAACAGAUGUCUGCCAAUCAAACACCAAUUCCUCUUAACAUUGAGUGCUUCCUUCAUGACAAAGAUGUUUCGGGGAAAAUUCAAAGGUCGGAAUUUGAGGAGCUGGCAGCUCCUUUGUUUGGAAAAAUCAAAAAUGUUCUUCUACGGCUUCUAGACGAAACUGGUGUGAAGAAAGAAAGUGUGGACGAAGUUGAAAUGAUCGGCGGUUCUUCGCGAAUUCCUUUUAUUCGUCGUAUCAUACAGGAAGUUUUUAACAAGGAUGCUAAAACAACGAUGAACCUCGAUGAAGCUGUAGCUAGAGGUGCGGCAAUGCAGUGUGCUAUCCUCUCACCUGCUUUUCGUGUACGAGAGUUCUCAAUUAAAGAUUCACAACCGUAUCGCGUGAAAAUAAUAUGGUCCGGCGGUGGAGCGGAAGGCGGUGAAUCGGAUGUUUUUAUUGAACGCGAUGAGUUUCCUUAUUCUAAGAUGGUUUCUCUGUACCGAAGUGACUCAUUUCAAGUCGAUGCUCGUUAUGCUCUUCCAAAUACUGUUCCACACACUACAUCAACAAUCGGAUCAUGGCGUAUCACGGGGGUCACACCAACAGCCGGUGGUCAACCUCGCAAAGUAAAAGUCAAGGUUCGACUUAAUCCAAAUGGUAUUUUUGCCGUUUGUUCGGCUACCAUGUACGACACGCAAAUAAUUGAGGAGGCAGUUCAAGAAGAACAGGCGAUGGAACAAGACUCUGCUGAGCAACCACCAUCUACUGAAGAACCAGGUGCUCAACAGCAACCAAAUGAUACAUCUGCGCCAGUUACUGCAAACACUCCUCCAAAACCAAAGACAAAAACUGUCUCUACAGAACUAACUGUGGAGGAAUGUUUACCUGUUGUGUAUGAUGUGAAGAAAUAUGCCAAUAUCGAGAUGUCGAUGCAGUCGGCGGAUAUGCUUGAAAAGCAGAAGGCCGAUGCUAAGAAUACAGUCGAAGAAUACGUGUAUGAAAUGAGAGAGAAGAUCUCAGACUGUCUAGCUGAUUUUGUUACUGAGAAGGAUGCAGAUGCAUUCCGCUCACUGUUAACAACAACAGAGGAUUGGUUGUAUGAUGAGGGAGAAGACACUGAAAAACCGGUUUAUGAGCAACGUCUUGGAGAGCUUAAGAAACUUGGUGAUCCUAUCAUUGAGCGCUACAGGGAAGCACAGGCGAGGAAGCCUGCUUUUGACGCAUUCGACACUUCUAUAAUUCGUGCACGAAAAGCUUAUGACGAUUAUGUUGCCGGAGGUGAAGCACACUCUCAUAUUGAUAGCACCGAUAUGGAGAAGGUUAUUAAUGCUAUCGAAGAAAAGAAGCGCUGGUUAGACGAUGCUCGUCAUAAACAAGACCGUAAACCAAAAACUGAGCCUCCUGCUGUAUUCGCACAUGAGAUCGCCCAGAAACAACAGGCAUUCGAAGCAAUUGUGGUGCCAAUUUUGACAAGAAAGAAACCGGCACCUCCACCUCAGAAAAAAGAGCAGAAACAGGCGGAGCCCUCCACGGAAAAUCAGGCUGGGGACGAUACCGCAACUCCAGCGAAACCUGGUGAGAUGGAGGUUGACUAA